GAACAAUAGUGUGUAUAGCUCGGUGUGGCUCUGCCAUUGUCAAAAAAAAAAUCAGAAAGGUGCAUGACGGGUCACAAGUGUCUCACUACUGUAGUGCUAUAAAUGUUUCGUGAAGACAUCUUGUCUGUGAAUUCAUUGAGAAAACAGAAAAAUGUCAACCUCGUACAAGUUGUAUUAUUUUAACGGCAAGGGGCGUGCUGAGUCUAUAAGAAUCAUGUUUCGGCUGGCCGGAGUGGCGUUUGAGGACUGCCGGUUUGAGGAGGCUGAAUGGCCGGCGAUUAAACCAUCUAUUCCGAUACUUCAAGUUCCUAUGCUGGAGAUUGAUGGCAAGAAAUGUGGUCAGAGCAAAGCCAUCAUACGUUAUUUGGCCAAGAAAUAUGGUUUGUUCGGGAAGGACGACCUCGAGGCCUUCUAUAUCGAUACUGUAAUCGACACGGCUGAUGACAUCGUACCACCCUGGGAUCUCAUCUUCUUCGCCACAUCCGAAGAGGAGAAGGCAAAACACACCAAGAACUUCAAGGAAGUGGAGGCGCCCUUAAUCUAUCAGCGACUGACGCGGCUGUUGGAGCAGGAUCACGCAGGAGACUACUUUGUGGGCAAUGAGUUGACUGCGGCAGACGUACAUUUUUUCUCCAUGGUUGACUUUGCUGAAAUCUACUUCCCGAACUCCAUGGCAAAGUUCCCCAAGCUGCAGUCCCUUUUCGACCGAGUUGCAGCGAACCCGAAAGUAGCCGAGUGGAGGAAGAUUCGCCCCGUGACAUCUUGGUGAAGGAAGACCACUGCCUUUAGUUCUUUGAGGGGUCAGAAAUAGCCACUUCUGCUAGUCUUCAAACAACUUUUUACUACAGAACUCUCAAAAGAAACUAGUUUUUUUGAGAACACCUUUCAAGUUCUUGGGGAUACAGGGAUCAGUAACUGCUCCUUUCUGACUGUACCCUGCAUAGAAAGAAUUUCGGAAGAUUCGCCCAGUGACAUCUUGGUGAAGAAGACAGUCUUUAGUUCCUUAUAAGGGAUCUGAUAACAGCCACUUCUGCUGGGGUGGAUUUCACAAAGGUAGUCCUAACUUAGGACUAGU